GUCAAAUUUGAUUCCUUUAUUUAGGUCAAAUUGGCUGCAACAAAGAGUAAUUUUGUGGCUUGCUGGUGAUUUGUACAGCGUUUUCGAGUAGAAAUAAAAUAAGGCGUCAAAUGGGGGACGAAAGGGACGUCUUUUGGGUGGUACGAAAGGGGGAUAUGAUUGGGGUUUACAAGAGCAUGAGUGAUCUCCAAUCUCUGCUUCGCUCCUCGGUGAAUGAUCCUUCCAUUAGUCUAUGUAAGGGGUAUUGCUUGUCUAAAGAAGCUGAGAGAGUAUCUUGCUUCUCGUGGACUUAAGAACGCAAUAUAUUCUGUUGAUGCUGCUGAUGUUCAAGAAGAUCUUUUUGGACAUACUGUUUCUUGCCCUUUUCGGCAACCGGCUCCCACAAAAGAGAAAGCGGCUGUCAAGAACUUUCCUCAAAGGGUUUGCAGGAGGUAGCUGGAUCAGCUUCUUUCUCAGCCAAUCCUCAACAAAAGCAUCCCAUAGUUGAUAAUUUCCUUAAAGUUCCUCCAGUUUCUUCUUAUUGCUGUUCCUGUAUUGUUGAGUUUGACGGUGCUUCAAAGGGAAAUCCUGGACUUGCUGGCGCAGGUGCUGUUGUACGAGCUGCAGACGGAAGUAUGGUCUUUCGAUUGCGUGAAGGUGUGGGUGUUGCAACUAACAAUGCUGCAGAAUAUCGAGGCGCAAUUUUAGGUUUGAAGUUUGCUCUUGAAAAAGGGUUUAAGCACAUACGUGUUCAAGGAGAUUCCAAACUUGUCUGCAUGCAGGUUCAGGGUCUUUGGAAAUGCAAAAACCAGAACAUGGCUGAGUUGUGCAAGGUGGCCAAGGAGCUGAAGGAUCAGUUUCAGACUUUUGAUAUCAAUCAUAUUGACAGAGAGUUCAACACCGAAGCUGAUGCCCAGGCAAAUCUAGCUAUAUAUUUGAAGAGUGGAGAAUUUCAAGUGGACCGUGACGUAAAAUAGCUGAAACGCCUCUAGCAAUCCAACCAUUAAGCUUUGAAGGAGGGAAUCAAUCGUGCCAGACAUCUUUUGUUGUUGCUGUUGUCUGGGUCAGAACAAAGAGCUGCUUAUUGGUUUUGUGUCUGUACAUUUUAAGAUGUUAGUUGUGAAUGAGUUCUUAUUAUAAUUCUAUUGAGUUUAUGGAAUAUUUAUGCUAAAAUAACUGAUCUUAUCAGGGGGACUCCGGUUUUGCUCA